AUGUCAGAGUUCACAAAAUUCCCAGCGCUAUGCCAAGAGCUACAGGACAUGAUCUGGGACCAGGCCAUCCGAGACGAUGAGCCAGCCGCCCAGUUCUUCACCCUCCACGACGUCUACGAAGCAGACUGGAUACUCCCGAUAGGCCUCACGGUGCCCAACAGGUCGUGGGGAUCCGGCAACAAGUCAGCCUACACGAUCGACUCGGGCCUCUGGACCGCCUGCUGGGGGUCCCGCCUCCGCAUGCUGCACCGCUUCAGGCCGGCCGAGACCAGCGCGAUCAUGGCGAGGCGCGGGCCGGCGGGGCCCCAGGCGGCGCGCGAGGUCUCCCGGCGGCCGACGGCGUCCGUGACGAUGCCCUUCCGGCGCGACGACACCGGGGGGCAGUGCUACCUCACCAUCAGGCCCACGCAGGACCUGCUGUACUUUGACUUCGCCCCGGGGGGCCCGUGGUUGGCUGACCCCUGGAGUAGCAGCCUCGUGUAUAGCAGCCCGAUGUUGAAGUGGCUCCCCUACCUGCGGGCGUUCAGGUGGGAGCAGCCCAACGCGAUUUGGGGCUGGGCCUCGCCUCCCCACGUGCGCCAUGUCGCCGUCAAGUACGAUCCAGACUGGUGGUCCCAGCGGGAAAGCCGCCAUUAUCUCGACAUCGACUUCCAAGAAGAACGUGGGGCUGCGGCCGGGUUCGAGGUGCUCUGGUUCGUCAACUACUCGCUGCGGCGCAGGUACCGCGCCGACGGCCGCGGCGACCGCCAGACCUUCCGGGCCGGCGACGACCAUGAGUUUGUGGAGGUCCUGGAAGGAGACGACGAGUGGUGGGGACCAGCGUCAUCUGGAAGCGGUGCUCAGCCGAGCUGUCCCGAGGUGCACAAGAUGGCACUGGAGAUGGAAGAGCAAAUGUCUAUCGACUCGAUGAUCGAUGAAAUGAAUGCCAUUGACCUAGAGAGGCAAGCGCAACAGGACGGCAUCGCGAAUGAUUUCGUGAACAACCUCAGGACGGACCGUCCUGCACGACAGAAGCCGCAUCGGGUCGGAGUCCUUGCCUAUGUCAAACGGGGUUCUGAACGAGAUUUGCCCACAAAGAGCGAGCACAUGCGUCUUACACGGGUCAGAAGAAACGCCGUAAUGGAUGAUUGGAGCUCCCCGGACUAUGAUUAA